AUUUGGAUGCUGUGUGGGCAAUUAGUUGCCUACAAGAGGAUACAAGUGCGCACUGAGAGGACACAAGUGCGCACAGAAAAUCAACUAUGAAGUGAUGUGGUUUCGAGUAAGGUACUGACUUCUAUUAGAGUGUGAUUGAAUAAAGACAAUUCUUUGAUCCACCGUUCCAUUUAGCUAACUUUCUGGUGUGCAUCUUUUUACCUAUUCAUUGCCUAUGUGGAAGUACGGUUUGUUGGUGCUUUUCGGCGCCCUGUUUGUGCGAGCGCAGUUUCCGAGGGAAUGUGUGACUCUGGAGGGACUUCGGAGUGGUCAGUGUUGUCCAUCACCGUUUGGGGUAGCGAAUGACGCCUGCGGGUCCGCCACAGGACGUGGACAGUGUAUUUCGAUAGCGGCAGACGCAAGUCCACACGGCCCCCAGUACCCCCACGAUGGACGGGAUGACCGUGAACGUUGGCCCAUCCGCUACUUCAACCGAACCUGCCAGUGCAACGGGAAUUUCACCGGUUAUGAUUGUGGCCGUUGUAUGCAUGGAUUGGCCGGGUUAAACUGUGACCAACCCGUCGCUGUCGUCCGGAGAAACGUGAUGCAGCUAAGUGCGGAUCAGAAGCGAGCUUUCGUGACCGCACUAGACCAGGCCAAGCGCACCGUGCAUCCGGACAUUGUGAUAGCUACGCGGCGAUACCAGGAUGUCUUCGGACCCGAUGGGAACACCCCGCAGUUUGAGAACAUCACCAUCUACAAUUACUUUGUGUGGACCCACUACUUUUCGGUCAGCAAGACCUUCUUGGGGGCCGGCCAGCCGAGCUUUGGCGGAGUAGACUUCUCUCACGAAGGUCCCGGUUUUGUGACCUGGCACAGGUUUCACCUGCUCCAACUUGAGCGCGACAUGCAGGAUAUGCUGCAAGACCCUUCCUUUGCCCUGCCCUACUGGAACUUUGCCAUUGGUGGAAGCACCUGUGACAUCUGCACAGAUGACCUAUUGGGAGCGAGGAGCAACCUCAAUAUGAAUUCCAUCAGCACCAACUCCAUCUUCUCCAACUGGAGGGUGAUCUGUGAGAGUGUGGAGGACUAUGACACACUGGGAACCAUCUGCAACAACACUGAGACCACCCCCAUCAGGAGGAACCCAGCAGGUAACGUGGCCCGCCCCAUGGUGCAGCGUCUCCCUGAGCCCCAGGAUGUUGCAGACUGCCUGCAGGUGAACACCUUUGACACCCCUCCCUACUACUCCACCUCCUCAGAGAGCUUCAGGAACACCAUCGAGGGCUAUAGCGCCCCCCAGGGAAACUACGACCCUGUGGUACGGAGCCUUCACAACCUGGCCCACCUGUUUCUGAAUGGAACAGGCGGACAGACCCACCUCUCGCCUAACGACCCCAUCUUCGUGCUGCUCCACACUUUCACCGAUGCCAUCUUUGACGAGUGGCUCAGGAGGCACGCCCCAGCAGAUUCUGCAGUCUAUCCUUCAGAGAAUGCCCCCAUUGGUCACAACAGGGGGUACAACAUGGUUCCCUUCUGGCCUCCAGUGACCAAUGCUGAGAUGUUUCGUACAGCCCCUGAGAACCUUGGCUACUCCUACGAGGCUGAAUGGCCAGCUGCUCCUUUCACUUUGACUGAGAUCAUCACCAUUGCCAUGGUGGCGGCCCUGGUCAUCGUGGCUGUAAUCUUUGCUGCCACCACAUGUGUUGUGCGCGCCCGCUCCUACAGCAAACUGGAGGGCCGCCAGCCCCUGCUGGGUGAACAAUACCAACGCUAUGACGACAACAAAAGCCAAUCCGUGGUCUGAGCUGAAUGUGAAACUACAGGGUCAUGUUCAUUAGGGCACAACAGAAAAUGUGUAGUCGUUCGCUGUUUUUGUCCGUUUUCUUUUGUUUACUGACUAAUGAACAUGAUCCAGGCUUAGCUGAGUGUCACAUAUUUCCAUACUUUUGUAUUGUUAGCAGUUAUGUAAUUAGAUUACAAAUUCAUGUUUUAUCAUUUGAAAUUGAGUUUCGAAUGCCGUAUAAUAUGCGUCAAACUGUAUUCCGGGAGUGGACAAAUGUUGGCAAUGCAGGGUGGCAGUGUGAGUAGAAUUAGGUGCGUUAAUGCUGGUCGGGAACAAAAACCUGCACACAGCGGCCCGUCCUCUCAUGGCCAAGUUUGACCACAACUGCUGUAGUCCAUAAAAUGGAAUCUAAUUGACUGUAUCACUCAUAAUAUGGAAUCUAAUUGACCCUGUCACUCAUUCUACUAUUAGUUACAUUACAGAGUGCUUUGACCUGUAUAACUGUAGAUUCUGAGUAUAACAAUGAUUUUAUGUAAAUGUGUACACAUAUUUCAUUUUAUUUUAAUCGUUUUGGUUCAAAAUGGAACAUUUUUAAUUCCAUUGAAAAUAUGAGUUGAUUAAAGAAAAUAAAAGAUUAAGAAUU